AAAAAAAAGAAUUGCUUAUAACUAACCAAUCGAUAAUGAGAGUGCAAAUCUACCUUCUCUACCUAUGUUCCAGGCAAAAAUGAAGUACUCUUGUCUCUUCUGGGGUUAGUCUGCUGUCACCUUUUGUGAGUUUUUGUCCAUGAUUCUGUAAUCCUUGGAGAUGUGUUUCCAAAUUCCAACAGGAAGUGAUUUCUUCCGAGUUUAUAUAGCACUUCUUACAUAUCUUAUAAUAGUCACUAUUUAAUGUAUCAGCUGUUUACGUAUUUUUAACUUCAUGACCAUGUUUAUGCCUGAAUAAAAUGGUUUGUAUGAGAUUCACCUGCUCUGAACAUAAUGGUGCCUUGACAAAAUGUUGCAUAAUUAGCUAUGUCCUGGAUGUCUAAGACACUCCUAGCAGUGUUACUGUUCUUCACUAUAUCAGAAAUUGAGCAUAGUCCCUGAUACUCAGUGUUUUCUUAGUUUUAACCUCUGAAAUCUUUACAGCAUAGUCCCCCUCCCGCAUGUUUUAUUGUGAAAAUGUUCAGACAUUACAAAGCUAAAAGAGCUAGGUGUAAUGCACUCAGGAAGCUGAAGCAAGAAAAUCUCAAGUUCAAAGCCACUAUGAUACAUAGUGAAAUCCUCUCUCAAAAAAAGGGGGAAGGAUAAGGGAGGGGAAAAGCUCAGAGGCUGUAUAGACAUACACCAUUUACCUAUGUAAAAUACUUGUUAUCAUUCUACUAUAUACACAUUUCCUUACUCUUCACAUUCCUACUUUAUUACUAUUUAAAAAUAGGUUAUAGGUCUGCUGUUAGGCAGACACCUCUAAGAUUUCCUACAUGAAUUUCCUAAGAAUUUUGAAAUAGAGAAACUGAAAAAUACAGUAUCAUUACAACCAAGAAAAUUAGCAAUUUUGUAACAUAGAGAAUAUACAAAUCACAGUCCUGUCAAAAGUGUUGUAUUGUACAUGGACAUUACCACUCUAACUUUAGAACUGUCCCCAUCUUCUUCCCUUCUGUGACAUGGACAUUUUGAAGAAAUCAACCCAGAGGUACUGUUGAAAAAGGGAUCCCUUUCCUUACUUCAUGUGACCUAAAGUUAGACCAGAGGCUUAAGCCUUUCUUGUUCAUGACUACAUUAUCAGUAUUCUUACUUUCCCAGUUGUGUUCUCAAAUGCAACUAUAUGUACCCUUGCCGUGUGUUACUAGUGAAGUCCAUCCAAUUUAGCAUGCUAAGGGUUUGACAUUUAAUUUGCCUGUGUCUAUAGAGUACCCUGGUACCCUGGGCUGGCAAUAAAGACUGUCUCCCUUUAAUAGAUGUUGCUACUUCGCCUGUGGUUGAAGCUGGUGCAAUGAAAUCUACAGCAAAGUAUACUGAUGUCAGCGUAGUUUCUGGAGUUUCAAGUCCUGGCACCCUCCAGACUGCUGUUGAAAGAUGUGUAGCUCUGUAAUUCAAAUCCAUGAACCUUGAUGUUAUCACAGCAGAUACCACAGCAACUGUUGUCCACCUGGCCACAAUCCAAUUGAGGCAAUGUUAUUUUCUCCCUGAAAUUCUUCUGCACGAUCUAAUUGGUCCUGUGGUUUCUAUGACAGCUUUCUGGUAGUAAGCAUUGCCUAUUAAAAAUUGCAAAAUCAAGAUUAUGCUUAACACUUAGUUCAUUAGGAACAUUCUCUGCCUGGUAGAUAGAGAACUGUGGAAUUUAGUUUAUAAAUUAUAAACAAGAAGAAAACUCCCAAGAAUGCAAAGCUCAUGUAUUCCUCCUACCCUAUACUUAUUUUUCAUCUUGAAAGUGAAAAGAAAUCUCUUAGGUUAGUGUAGAAUGUUUUUAGCUACCAUACUGAAAGUUAAAAUAACAUGUUUCAAUAGUUGCUUUCUUUGUAUAGGAGGAAGAGUGCUCAUACGUGAUUUUGAAACAAUUUUAACUUAGUACGUAAUUCAAGAAGGCUAAAUAAUAUAGUAGUUAAGACUAGGUUUUAGGAUCAGACCUGGAUUUCGGGAAUAUGACCAUUCACUAGCUAAUGUCUAUGGGCUAAAUUUGAACAGAAUUCAAAUAUUAUGUGAAGUACUUUAGCUUGCCUCAUAGCUUACAGAAUGUGGUCAGAGUAUGAUUGUUAUUAACUUCUAAAGCAGUAUAAUUUAGGCACAUAUUAGGCAUUAAAUAUUUAAAGAUCAAUGAGAGAGAGACAGUUCUCCAAGUUUAAUGUCAAAAACAAAAGAUUCCAAUUCAUUGAUUCUGGAGGGCUUUAGAAAAAAGUGUACAUUUUUAAUAAUAAAACAAGAUUUUUAUGCACAAAUCUGAGAUUUGAGGAAUGAGCUUUAGAAAACAAUGUAAACUAUCAAUUCUCUUUCCUUACAUACUGUGGAAAUAGCUAACCAAUUAUCUCAGCUACUAAUUAACUUUUUCACAAGGCUAAAGGUUAAUAUUUUUAAGACUGUCACCUAGAACUGAAUUUUAAAACAGGUUAUUAGAGAACAGUAUUUUACAUGAGAUGAAUAUGAACUUAAUAGUAUAUGCUAUUGGAGUCUUCCAGUGCCUAUGACAUCAUCUAGCUCCCCCAUGAACAGUUCCUGUUCUGAGACUUAGGCACAUUUCAGAAACUAGACACCACACAUUUUAUUAACAUGAGUCUGAGUUAAUUAGCCAAAUUGAGCAUGUUGCAACACAUUUAUACUAGCAGAUGCCAGCGAGCAAAGCAGAAGAGAAUCUACUAUGUCUCCAACUGUCUCAUACCUGAUGUUUCAGUUGGCUUCUCCACAUGAAUGUUAUCAGUCCAUACUCCACUGGCAUAUGGGCAAUUGCUUGAGUAAAACUGGGUGUUACUACUGUAUGUUUGCUGGGAAACAUAGUCUUUCAGGGCUCACUCUACCUUUCCUUAUUAGCUUACAUUGGACAAUCUAUAUGGAACUGGAGGUGUAGCUCAGUGGUGAAUGCAUGGCUAGUAUACAAAAGGCCCUAAAUUUAAUCCCCAGUACUGCCCCAUUCCCUAUUCCAAAAUCUAUGCUUUUGAAAUUUCAGUCUUCAUUUAACUUCAACUUUUGACUGUAACAAGAUAAUUUUUGUCAUUGUUCCUACAAUUCUAUGCCAUGCCCCCUUGAAACUGCACCAGCCAAACUGAAUUUACUUUGAAAGAGCGAGCUUAAUGAAUUCACAAAAGAAUUUACUUUAAGAGCCCUAACAAUGAAUAUCCUUUAUAUAAUAGGAUUGCUUCUGGUGCUUCCAUCUCUAGGAUUUGAAUCUUAGUGCCUAGUAGUCCAGGUUCAGUGGUUUUCACCCAUAGUACCAGCUACGCUGGAGGAUGAAGCAGGAAGAUUACUUGAGCCCAGGAGUCCCAAAGCAACCUAAGCAACUGCAUCCAGAGCCUGUCUCAAGACAGGGAGGGGAAGUUGGAGAGAUGGCACAAACAUUAAAGACUAGGUUUACAACUAAAAACCAAACAAAAGUCAAUCACUGCACAACUGGUACAGUUAGACAAUUUGGCAUAUAAUGUGUUGUAGUGGAUCUGUAUUUUACCGCAAGUUAAAUGUUAGAUAUGCUUAACUGCUGAGCUGAUAAGGGAAGGGGAGCAAUGGAAACAGUAAGGACUAGAGAAUCUGAGAGUACGAGUUUAGCAAAUACUGCCCAAUACAGCUAAAAUUUGAAUUUUAUGUCGAAUCUGCAGGUUUUCAAAAUUGGUUCAGAUACUUUUUAAACAUCCAGCAGACCAGAAUAAAAAAAUUAAACUAGUUUGGGACUAUAAAGCUACUGGUCUAUGAUGUCUAUAUUUCUUACAUAAAAACAUUAGGACUUGGUUUAGAGUCUCAAAAUGCUUUAAGGCACUAUUACUUCUCUUGGUAAGGCUCAAGUCACUUGUCAUCUCUGCCAAAGAUUCAAGAUAGAAUUUUAACAUUUAACAGAUUUCUGUUCCCUUGGUUACAGUCUAUAUAGGUUUCUACUCUUCGCUGCUCACUUAAAACCUUCAACAUGAUUUCAGCCUUGAGUUAUAUAUAUUAUGAAGUACAUUUGUUUUAUCAUACAUACAAAAAAAUUUAAGGAUACAAUUUGGCAAUGUAUGUUGCUUUAAAUAAGUUUAAAAAAAUGUUUAAAGAAAAACACUUUUAAAUAAAUCAUGCCAUCCUAUUUGUAGGUAAUACAAUGUCUAUAAAGAUUCAAAGGUCUGUGGAUUUAAAAGAUCCCUUAAUGGCAGUGUAGAUCAAGUCCAUCAUGACAUGAAAAUUUGACCUAACCUACUGAAUUUCUAGGCAUUUUUAUAUCUGCUCUUUACUUGGAGCUUUGAAUUUUGGAUAGAUAUUGAAAUAUGAAGUGUUUUGUAUGAGGAAACCAAGCUGCAUAAAGGCUAAGAAAUGUAGUGUCACAUAGUUACGUAUCAGUGUAACUUCAGUAUCUCAUAAGUAUGUACAUGAAACAGAGCAAAAACAGCUAGCUAAUUAGUAUAGAGAACAACUCUGUGCCCCACUUAAAAUAGAAAUAUAAAGAGAUUACUAAGGAAGAAAAAUUUUCAGCUCAAGCUUGUUUUACACGAGCUUUUGUUGUCAUUGCUUGUUUAAAGUACAUGGAACUCCUAAACUACUCGGAAGCAUUCCAUUUCAGACUUUAAAGAUGGGUUUUCUAUAAUUAGAAUAAGCUGAUAAGUUUAUUUAAUACAGGGGGGAAGAAUAAUAGUGAAGACCAAAAAAAAAAAAAAAAACAGGUUAGGAGUGGUAGGCAAUAUUAAGGAGACUAUGAGAAUGACUUCUGGCACAAAACCCAGUAUUCCUGUGAGCUACAAGAGUUUUAAAAAUGGAUCCAAAUCCUGGUCUGGGUCUUACUUUUUAUGUUUCUGAUCCAUAUUCUUGUAACUGGAGUUAUAUUUUAGUAAUCUGUCUCCCUUUCUAUUUACUACUUUUGUGACCACAGCUUGCAUUUUCCAGAUAGCUACACAAAGAUAUGACCUAAAGCUUAUAGCCCUGUUUAGCUAUUUAACAUAUUUCCUAUCUGCUCAAAAUGUGGCAGCUCUGAUGGCACAUUCUUUUAAAACAUAAUAUUUAGGGCUGAGGCUCAUGGUAGAGCACUUACUUAUCAUACACAAGACCCCGAGUUGAUUACCAGCACUGGAAAAAAAAAAGUCAUAGUCAAAAAAAAGUUUGCCUUCCUAAUGCUGUUUUCAGGCUGGUAUCAAACAUGACAACUAGAAUACUUGAUCUACAAAUUAAGAAAGAUCAUUCACGUGCUACAUGUAUUGUCUGUGACAGUUGCUAAAGAGGGGGAAAAAAGCAUACACUUUAGUUUGUAUGCCAGUUACUUUUUAAACAUGUACACAUUCCUAAGACUUACUGUCUGACUCGGUUUUUACCUUUCUCACAGUAAUUAGUGGCUUAAAAACUGCCCAUUCCAACAGAUUGUGACGAUGUAUUACUUUAGCCUUCACUGGUUUCUACUCACUGAGGUCUCUUCUCUCGUCUAACAUCUUAAAUGUUUGUGUUCUUUUGAUGGGCCUCCAAGCUAUUUACCCAGAUGUAGCAUAGAGAAAACUGAGAAGAGGACCAGGUUAAUGGAUUAUGGAAGAUGAGAGUCCAAGUCCUUUUUCUUCACUUAACAACUAUAUAAUCUUAGACAUGAUUACUUCUUUUUAGUCUUUUACAGUUCACUUUUAUAUAUUGGAGGACGAAUGGGAGGUGGGUAAUUCAAGUUUUCUUAUUUUUUGGCUGCACCCAACGUAAUUCAAUUCUAACAUUACCUUUUUGAGGUGAAAAAUACACACACACACACACACACACACAUUCUGCUCAAAUGUCUUAGUAUGUGCAACUUUCCACUAAACACUGAUACUAUGAAGCUAAGGUACAUACAGAUAUAUUAAUUCUUUAGUUUGGUUUGUUUUGUUCGAGACAGGGUUUCUCUGUGUACCCCUAGCUGUCCUGGAACUCACUCUGUAGACCAGGCUGGCCUCAAACUCAAGAGAUACCCCCUCCCUCUACCUCCCAGGUAAGUGCUGGCAUUAAAGCCAUGUGCCACCACAACCCAGCUAGAUGCAUUUAAACUAAUCUGUGUUUAAGAUCAUUACUAAGAGAGUAUGGCUGUAUAGAGAAUGAUGGGCAUCUAUAGCCAUACCACUGUGAACAGGACUGACCUCAGAAGCUAAGCAGGUUUUGGCCUGGUUGAUAGUGGGUGGGAUGAUGGGUGAAUAAUUCUGAAAUGUUCCUCCUUACUGGUACAUUUUUCUUCAUUAAAUAUUAGUAAUAAGCCCCCAUAACUCUUUUUUAGACUUCAUUUUUUCUGAGAAUCUAGUUUUAUGACAUCAUUAUAGUGGUACAGUACAGUAAGAAUUACUAAUAUUCAUUCAGCUCUAUGUGCUAGGAAUUGAUGUGAGGCUUUAUAUGAAUUCUGUAUUUUUCAUGCAUUAGUAUGACAUGUAUGCACCUACAUGCAUACAAAAUAAGCAAAAUCCUAGAAUGCUUUAAAAGAAAAAGUGCUUCUCUUAACUGCUGUGUAUACUUGUCUUUACCGCUAAUCCCACCACCCACCAUUUUCCACAUCCUUGAGUGAUUGAGUGUACCUCUAUCGUUGAUACUGAUGUGCAGCUGACUCUCUGUUCCUCGAUCAUUCCUAUCUUCCAAUUGGACUUACACACUUACUGAACCUAAAUCUGAAUUGUGGUGUCUUAAGUCAGUGUUAUAUUGCUGUGAAGAGACACCAUGACCAAAGCAACUCUUAUAAAAGAAAGCAUUUAAAUGAGGACUUGGUUACAGUUCCAGAGGUUUAGUCCAUUAUCAUCAUGGCAGAAAGCAUGGCAGCAUACAGGCAGAAAUGGUAACUGAGAGCUACGUCCUUAUCCACUGGCCAUGAGACCCUGGGCUUAGCAUGGGCUUUUGAAACCUCAAAGCCCACCCUCAGUAACACAUUUCCUCCAAUAAAGCCACACCUCCUAAACCUUUCAAAUAGUGCCACUCCCUAGUGACCACGCAUUCAAAUCUAUUACCCAAUGGGGGUCAUUUUCAUUCAAACCACCAUACAUGGUCUUUAUUCUUCCUUUCAAAUUUGAAUUACUACCUGCACAGUCCAACCAUUUUAGCUUUACUCAGUCAUCUUUAAUCAUUUUAUCACCCAAAGAGAGUGGUAAGUAGAAUGGUAGGGGAGAUUUAUUGAACAUCCCUUGCAUCUUAACAUCUGUUCUCAUUGAUUUUGUAGAUUCAUCAUCUUGAAACAAUUGUGUCUCCCUUACUGAUCCCAAUGCCCAUGCUGUCUCUUCUAAGCUUGCCUGUCUACAAUGUGUUUUUUAAAAAGGGAUCACUUUAUAUACCUUGAAGUCAUCCAGUUCCCUGAUACCUAUGUUUUCUAUAGGCUAGAAGGAGCAAAAGCACUGUAUCCAGCAGUUAUAGAUGGCAGAAGUGAAGUCGAUGUUCCAUGAAGUCCUUCCAAAACAAGGUAUAUCUCACAGGGCAGUUGUCUGUGGAAGAUGUAACCACAAUGGUGCUGUGUAAACCCAAACUUUUACCCUUAAAAUCUCUGACUCUGGAAAAACUGGAGAAAAUGCAGCAAGCAGCACAGGAUACAAUCCGCCAACAAGAAAUGGCCGAAAAAGAAGACCGGCAAAGAGCCCAGUGACGAGUACCACUUUAAGGGGAUGGACGCCCCAUCUUACCUGUUCAGGAACUAGAAACUAUUCUAUAAAUAUAGGCUGAAAAUAUAUAAUCAAACUGGACAUUCAUAAUUUUAAAAAAAAAAUUGGGGAACUUAAACAUUGGUUUAUGUUAAAAAGAAAGCUUUUAUCAAGUUGGGGGAUUUUGGAAAAGUUUUUAAAAUUAUAAAUUACCUUAUUUGCCAUACCUAUUGUUAUGAAUGUAAGAAAUUAAAUGCAUCUUUUAUGGAUAAAUGAUUUCUUCAUGUUUAUUAGACACCUAGAUCUGAAAAUAAACUCUGUUCUUGAAUACA